GGGGUCCACCAUGACCUGGAUGGCUGAGAAUCUCCUAGCAGCUUCCUGACAGUGGGAAGUGCACUCUGCUCAUGCUCCAGAGCUGUGGGGCCCUGUGCGGGUGGCACCUGCUGCCAGCCGGUGCCCAGUUGCUCCUGGCACAGCAGGCGCCCUCCCUCUGCCCUCUUUGCUGCCCUCCAGACCUGCUGACCGAGGAGCCCCGUCCCGGGCUCAGGCCCGUCCGGCGCUUGGAGGGGGGCCGCCUACUGACCCAGGCCGUCCGACUGAACAACAACACCCUCAACGACCUGACCGAUUUCCCAGACAUUAUGGAGAAGCUGCUGGAGUAUCCCCUGGACAUCUACUGGAUCGACCUCUCCUUCAACGACCUGCCCAACAUCGACCCAGUGCUGACCACCUUCUACAACCUCCGGAACCUGAACCUUCAUGGCAACAGCAUCCAGCAUCUCUCCGAAGUGGACAAGCUGGCCGUGUUGCCUCACCUGCGCAACCUGACCCUGCACGGAAACCCCAUCGAAGAGGAGAAGGGCUACAGGAGUUACGUCCUGUCCACCUUGCCCCAGCUGAAGAACUUCGACUUCAGCGGCGUCACCAAACUGGACCGCAGCACCGCAGCCGUCUGGAGGCGCAUGAACAUCAAGCCGAAGGCCAUCCGGAAGAAACGGGAGCGCUACUGAUGGGGACGGCCGCCUUCCUGAGGAAUAAAGCUUUAGAGCAGCUUCUCCUGGUGAAUUGCGGGGAGGGGGGCCAAUGAGAGCCAGGGGGGCACAGACAUUGGGGGGGGGGGGGGGCAGGGGAUUUGCGACCCGAUGCGCCUGGAGAGAUGCGAAAGGAAAAUGUUCUCUGUUCCAAAUGGGUGGGGUUUUUUUUUUAGUCGGUUGCGAACGAAGAGUGGGAAA